AUGAAGGCGCUUGCAGCCCUGGCUGUCGCCCUGGCCAUGGCCAGCACUGGACUUUUCUUCUCUCUUAUCUUGAGAGGCAAAGAACUUCCUGGGGGAAAGACUGGAAUGUUCCAUGCCACUGACAUUGUGGAAGCAAGCAAGCUCAUAGUGGACCAUGCCGUCUACAGCACAAUGGCAAGAAACCUCAAGAAAAGGGAAGUCACUUUCCCAUCUCAGCUGCUGCCUUUUUCCAAGAUGCCUGAGCCAUCUAGCAGGACUGUUUCCCAAGCAGCUGAGAUCAUGGAAACUUCCAUACAAGUGAUGAAAGAAGAACCCUCAUGGCCCACAGAUGUUUUAUCAGAAGAGCUCCUGAGCAUGAUUGCCAAUCUGUCUGGCUGCCUACCGUACAUGCUGCCACCAAAGUGUCCCAGCACCUGCCUGGCAGACAAGUACCGGCUCAUCACAGGCGCCUGCAACAACAGGGUCCACCCCAGAUGGGGUGCCUCCAACACAGCCCUGGCCCGGUGGCUCCCUCCUGUGUAUGAAGAUGGGCUCAGUCAGCCCCGAGGCUGGAACUCAGGAUUUCUGUACCAUGGGACGGCCCUGCCCCCGGUACGGGAGGUCACGAGGCUCAUUAUUCAAGCUUCAAAUGAGGCUGUGACAGAAGACGACUGGUAUUCAGACUUCCUGACUGUGUGGGGACAGUACAUCGGUCACGACGUGGCCCUAACACCGCAGAGCACCAGCACGGCCGACUUCUGGGGAGGAGUGGACUGCCAGCUGACCUGUGAGAACCAGAACCCCUGCUUCCCCAUACAGCUGUCCGCCAACUCCUGGCCGGCCACGGACACCUCGUGCCUGCCCUUCUACCGCUCCGCGGCGGCCUGCGGCUCCGGGGAACAGGGCACGCUCCUGAGCCACCUGUCGGCUGCCAGCCCGCGGCAGCAGAUGAACGGCCUGACCUCCUUCCUCGAUGCUUCCACCGUGUACGGCAGCUCCGAGGCCGCCGAGAAGCAGCUGCGGGAUUGGGACGGCGCAGCGGGAAGGCUGCGGGUCAACGCGCGCCACCAGGACGCGGGCCGCGCGCUCCUGCCCUUCGCCGGCGCGCCCGCCGCCUGCGCGCCCCGGGCCGGCGAGCCCCGCGCACCCCGCGCGCCCUGCUUCCUGGCCGGGGAUGGGCGCGCCAGCGAGGUCCCCGCCCUGGCGGCCGUGCACACGCUGUGGCUGCGCGAGCACAACCGCCUGGCCACGGCGCUUGGGGCGCUCAACGCGCACUGGAGCGCAGACACCGUCUACCAGGAGGCACGCAAGGUGGUGGGCGCCCUGCACCAGCUCAUCACCCUGCGAGACUAUGUGCCCAAGAUCCUGGGUCCCGAGGCCUUCCAGCGGUAUGUGGGCCCCUACCAAGGCUACGACCCCACAGUGAACCCCACAGUGUCCAACGUCUUUGCCACCGCGGCCUUCCGCUUCGGCCACGCCACAGUCCACCCCCUGGUGAGGAGGCUGGACCCGGACUUCCAGGAUGAUGCCCGGCUCCCCAGACUGAAGCUGCAGGAUGUCUUCUUCAGCCCCUGGAGGCUCAUCCACGAAGGGGGCCUGGAUCCCAUCCUGAGAGGCCUCCUGGCCAGACCCGCCAAGCUGCAGGUGCCGGACCAGCUGAUGAACGAGGUGCUGACAGAGCGCCUGUCUGUGCUCUCCAGCCCGGGCACCUUGGACCUGGCGUCUCUAAACCUUCAGAGGGGCCGGGACCACGGCCUGCCAGGCUACAAUGCAUGGAGAGAGUUCUGCGGCCUGCCGCGCCUGGAGACCCCAGCUGAGCUGAGCAGGGCCAUCGCCAAUAGCAGCCUUGUCGAGCAGUUGAUGGACCUGUACAAGCAUCCAGACAACAUCGAUGUCUGGCUGGGCGGCCUGGUGGAAGACGUCCUGCCGAGGGCCAGGACCGGCCCGCUGUUCGCCUGCCUCAUCGGGAAGCAGAUGAAGGCCUUGAGGGAUGGGGACAGGCUUUGGUGGGAAAAUGGCCCUGUCUUCACCGACGCUCAGAGGAGGGAGCUGGAGAAGCACUCUCUGUCCCGGGUCAUCUGUGACAACACAGGCCUCGCCAGUGUGACUGUGGACGCCUUCCACACUGGAGAAUUUCCCCGGGAUUUCAAGCCCUGCAAAGACAUCCCGGGGCUGGACCUGGAUGCCUGGAAGGAGAACAUUCCACAAGAUGGUGGGUGUGGCCUCCCGGGCAAGGUGGACGACGGAGACUCUGUGUUCUGUGACGAGGCCGGGCGACAAGUGCUGGUGUAUUCCUGUCAUCCCGGGUAUGCGCUCCGCGGGCCGGAGCAGGCUACCUGCACCCCACAAGGAUGGGACGUCCAGCCGCCGGUCUGUAAAGAUGUUGAUGAGUGUGCAGACCUGGCACACCCACCCUGCCACCCCUCCGCGACGUGCAAGAAUACCAAGGGCAGCUUCCAGUGUGUGUGCACUGACCCCUACGUGCUGGCGCAGGACGGGAGGGCCUGCGUGGACUCUGGCAGGCUCCCUCGGGCAUCCUGGGUCUCCAUCGCGCUGGCGGGCAUUCUCGUUGGCGGCUUGGCGGGUCUCAGCUGGACGGUGAUUUGCAGGUGGACACAUUCGGACACCAAGGCCACCCUGCCAGUUACGGCGAGGGAUUUGAGAGCGUCCGUCCUGCCGGGGUGUGGGCCGGCUCCGCCCCGGACGGCAGUCCGAGACCCGGAGCAGUGCAGAGAAUCCAUGGAGGUUUGCUUUGCCCCCCCGCCCGGCUCGCACGCACCUCAGGGGCCGGUGUGGGUUUCCAGCGGCAGGGGAGGCUGUGGCGGCCGGCACGGCGGUGCGGGCCGCAGGACUCGUGGCCGCACCGAGUGGGGGAGGACUAGGAACUUGGAGGCCCCUGUGCCCCUGUCCCCCACUAUCCCCGGGGGGGCCCCAUGCCCCUGUCCCCUGCUGCCCCCAGUGGAGGCCCCCAUGCCCCUGUCCCCCACUAUCCCCGGGGGGGCCCCAUGCCCCUGUCCCCCGCUGCCCCCAAUAGGCCCCAUGCCCCUGUCCCCCGCUGCCCCAGGCCCCCAGUGGGCCCCAUGCCCCUGUCCCCCACUAUCCCCAGUGGGCCCCAUGCCCCUGUCCCCCACAGCCUCCAGUGGAAGCCCCUGUGCCCCUGUCCCCCACUAUCCCCGGGAGGGCCCCAUGCCCCUGUCCCCCACUAUCCCUGGGGGGGCCCCAUGCCCCUGUCCCCCGCUGCCCCCAAUAGGCCCCAUGCCCCUGUCCCCUGCUGCCCCAGGCCCCCAGUGGGCCCCACGCCCCUGUCCCCCACAGCCUCCAGUGGGCCCCAUGCCCCUGUCCCCCACAGCCUCCAGUGGAGGCCCCUGUGCCCCUGUCCCCCACUAUCCCCGGGGGGGCCCCAUGCCCCUGUCCCCCGCUGCCCCCAAUAGGCCCCAUGCCCCUGUCCCCCGCUGCCCCAGGCCCCCAGUGGGCCCCAUGCCCCUGUCCCCCACUAUCCCCAGUGGGCCCCAUGCCCCUGUCCCCCACUAUCCCCAGUGGGCCCCACGCCCCUGUCCCCCACUAUCCCCAGUGAGUCCCAUGCCCCUGUCCCCGCUAUCCCCAGUGGGCCCCAUGCCCCUGUCCCCCACUAUCCCCAUGGGCCCCACGCCCCUGUCCCCCACAGCCUCCAGUGGGGGCCCCCGUGCCCCUGUCCCCCGCUGCCCCAGGCCCCCAGUGGGCCCCAUGCCCCUGUCCCCCACUGCCCCCAGUGGGGGCCCCCGUGCCCCUGUCCCCCACUAUCCCCCGGGGGGGCCCCAUGCCCUGCCCCCCGCUGCCCACAGGGGCCGGGCUCACGGUGGCUUCUCUCCACAGGACCCUGCCUGCGGGUCUCGGGUCCUCCUCUGCGAGUAG